AACAAAAAACGAAAGUUGUUAACAGUCACUCCCCCUGCUGGCGCACCCAGUUGAAUGUCAGAUGAACUGUCAGUCAACAAACAACAACGGGAUGGAAUUGAAUGAGCAACAUUGCAAUUUUUGUGGCCAAAUUAAGAAGGGACAAAACAAUAUCAAACCAGCGGAUGGUUUCCCGGAACAAUUGUCAACGCUUCACGUUGGAGAGGUUAUUGUAAAACACUGUUGGUUUAAGGAAGAAGAUACGAAAAAUCUUCGAAUUUGUGAGGAAUGUUGGAAUGAUUUACUUGCAUUUCACCUAUUCUACUGUCAAGUUGAGCAACUGUAUAGGCCUCUGGAAGUUAAGAUAGAAGCUGAAAAUAGACAAAUAUCGUCAGAGCCGGAACAUCAUGAUUUCCUGGUGGAAUUUGAUAGCAUUGACAUUAAGCGGGAGGAAGAGCUGCAAAUCGAGGAAACUGCGCUCGCAAAUGACGACAAAACCGUAGACAGCAACGCUGAUUCGAAAACCACUAGCGAAGAAAGCGAAGAGAACUCGACAGUAACGAUUUCUAACGAUGAAAUUCUCCUGCACUGUCGGAUGAUCUGCGAAGUGUGCUCAGAGGAAUUCGAAUCCUUCCGUUUACUUAAACAGCACUACAGCAGGGCACACAACCAGAAUGGAUACGUGAAGUGCUGUAAUUUACGCUUCACCUAUCUAUACCGGCUUAAGGAGCACCUAACAGUUCACAUCAAUCCUGAAUCCUUUCAGUGCAAAGAAUGCACAAAAAAUUUCAAAUCUAAGCAAAGUCUUCACGAACACAAACUGUUGAUGUACAUUCCAGACGAACAGAAACAGUUCCAGUGUGAGCUGUGUUACAAGAAAUACGCAAAGGAACAUCAGCUUAACCAGCAUCUUGUUAAUCAUAAGAUGAAAAGCCAAUCGCAGGACAUAUUCACAUGCUAUCAAUGCCGGAAACAGUUCAGCACGAAAGCAAAUCUUCGCAAUCAUGUUCGUAACAUACACGUAAAUUCCCACGACAAAUUCCUAUGCGAUAUUUGUUCCAAAACAUUCAAAACCAAAGCGGCUCUGAAAGUGCACCGAUCGGACCACAUGAAUACCGAAAGAGCUCAGUGCACAGUUUGCGGUAAAUAUAUGAAAAAUACGAACUCACUGCGAAAACACCUGGCGAUACAUCGGGAGGUAACUACCGAGUGCGAAAUAUGUGGGGAAAAAUCACCCAACUCACAUGCUCUGCGAAACCACAUACAAAAUCAACACCUAAAAGCGAGAUCAUACCAGUGUACGAUCUGCGAAAAGGCUUUGCUUUCAAGCGGGCACUUGUAUUAAAGGAACAUAUGGCAACUCAUACUGGACAACUUCUGUACUCAUGCGUACACUGUGAACAAGAAUUCAAGUCGUCAUCUAAUUUAUGUUCUCAUCGAAAGAAAAAGCACCCGAAAGAGUGGAGCGAACAGAGAAAAAUUGAUGGAGUGAAAACUUACAGUAUUUUAAAUGGGUAAAUGCAUAACUGAACAAACAAAAAUCUUUUAAUAAAGAUGAUUCAGAAAUUUUUCAA